GAGUAUUACCAUUUUGGGGAAGUGAGAUGACGGGGGAACUCUUGACGAAUCUGAGCCGUUGAUAAAAUGGACGGUCGUGAUUUUGUUUGGCGUCGGGGUCUCCAAGAAAACACGACGAGUUACUGUUGUUGACGAUGAUUAGCCUCUGUUCAGUGGGGAAUUAUUUACGAUUAUUAUUAUUAUAAACAACACUGAUGAGUCAGUUCUACCGUAUUCGAGAAGAUUCUGGGCGGUGUUCGGGUGUUGGAAACCCUAAUUGGAUUGGAAAUUUGGAAUUGCGUUUUUAAGGGAUGUCGCAGCCGACUUACUUUCCGUUGAGGUGGGAAAGCACCGGCGAUCAAUGGUGGUACGCUUCGCCGAUCGAUUGGGCGGCGGCGAACGGGCACUACGAUCUGGUUCAGGAGCUCCUCCGCCUCGACGGCAACCAUCUCAUAAAGCUGACGUCGCUGCGGAGAAUCCGGCGGCUGGAGACCGUGUGGGACGACGAAGAGCAGUUCCACAACGUCGCUAAGAACCGAUCCGACGUGGCGAGGAGAUUGCUAUCGGAGUGCGAGACGAGGAAGGGGAAAAACUCCUUGAUUGGGGCUGGCUAUGGCGGAUGGCUUCUGUACACCGCUGCGUCGGCGGGGGACGUGAGUUUUGUGCGGGAAUUGCUGAAGAGGGACCCGCUGCUGGUGUUUGGGGAGGGCGAGUAUGGCGUCACCGACAUACUAUACGCCGCCGCCCGGAGCAAGGACUCGGAGGUCUUCAAGGUGGUUCUCGAUUUCGCCGCCUCCCCCAGGCUUUCCAAUUCGCCGUGCGCGGCGGCGAUUCCCGCCGGGUAUAAGCUAGAGAUAAUGAACAGAGCACUCCAUGCCGCCGCCAGAGGCGGCAAUCUGAAAUUGCUGAAGGAGCUUCUCAGCGACUGCUCCGACGACGCCUUGGCUUAUCGUGACGUCCACGGCGCCACCGUCUUGCACGCCGCCGCCGCCCGCGGCCAGGUUGAGGUGGUUAAGGAGCUAGCAUCGUCGGAGAUAAUCGAAUCGAAGGACAGCAAAGGCAACACGGCGUUGCACAUCGCAGCUCACCGGGGACACUUACCCGUCGUCGAAAUGCUGAUCCUCGCAUCGCCCCGAUUAAUCGACGCCAAAAACAAUGCCGGCGAAACAUUUCUACACUCGGUGAUCACCGGAUUCCAAACCUCCGGUUUCCAAAGAUUGGACCGCCAAGUUAAGCUUCUCAAGCAUUUGCUUGGCGAGAGCCUAUUCAGCAUUGAAGAGAUCAUAAACACCCAAAACGUCGAAGGGCAAACCCCGCUUCAUCUAGCCAUCAUCGGAAACAUCCAUUCCGAUCUUGUCCAACUGCUGAUGAGCGUUAGCUGCAUCGACGUCAACAUCCGCGACACAGACGGAAUGACUCCGCUCGACAUCCUCAGACAACGCCCGCACUCUGCCUCCGCAGAUUUAUUAACAAAACAGCUGAUAUCCGCAGGCGGGAUCUUCACCUCACGGGACUACACGGCGAGGAAAGUUAUCGCGUCCCACAUAAAAAGGCAGAGUAUGGGAAACAGUCCAGGGACCUCCUUCAGAAUCAGCGAUGUUGAAAUAUUCCUCUACACCGGCAUCGAGAAUGUGUCCGAUGGCGCGCACAGCGUUGCUCUCAGCGUUUGCUCCCCCGAAUUGAGUCAGCACGGAUCGAACAUGGGAGCCCACAGUCCGAGAAGAUCCAAAAAGCUCCGAUCAGCGGCGCAUAAGCUAAAAUGCUUCCUCCCGUGGCUUAAGACGAAAGCCAAACCUUCGGACAGGCUCAAGAAAUUGGCGGACAGGAGUUCGAUCGAACAAGUUCAUGUCCCCUUAAGACAACGUUACUUGAAGCCGUCGCCGCUCCCUAACAACAAGCGAGCGCUUUCUGUCAGCAGCAGCAGCCAGCCGAGCCCGACGGCGAAGAAGAAACUAGCGGCGGGGAUGACGCACGGUGUCAUGAAGGCUGUUAUGAUUCGUCAGAGAUCGCGCUCGAAUUCAUUCUCUAAAUUGUCUUUAUCUUCGCAGAGUUCGGUGGAUGCAGGGCCGAUAGAGUGCGGCGAUUUUGCCAAGGCUUCGAGCUCGACUACCGCUGAUGUCGGGAGAAGUUCGACUCACCGGCCCUCUUCGAUUAGCAAAAGGUCGAUGAAUCAGUACCUGUGCUUUGGCGGCGGCCCGUGCCAGCAUAUCGAACCGGCCUAUGCUGCUGCCGAACCCCAGCCUUACGACGUCUACGAACGGUCUGUUCUAUCAGCCGCCUGAUUUAAAAAAUGGACGGAUGGGGUCUGUACAAAAAUGUUUAAGGUUGCUAGUCUUGGAAGAAACUUUCGUCUUAUGGCAGGCAAUGGUUGGGUUGGGUUAGGUUAGGUUCUUAUUUUUUGAUGAGGUGCAAUUUCAUUCAUUAUCAUUAUGCUUCGGAUUAUAUUGUAGUAUGAAUAUGAGGAUGAUGAUGAUGAUUGAUGAAUCCUACUACUUCACCUAGCUCUUGUUUGUUAAUGGCUGCCAUUUUUUUGUUUAUUGCAAUAACUAAUAUUUAUGUCUCCUC